AUGAGCUACGGCGGUAUGGAAGGUGGACAAGACCAAGCAGUGACCUCAUCCGGUCCAACUAAAGCUACAAAGGAAUUCCUGCCCGUGGUGAGGGUGGGAGAGACGUACAAGUACCUGGAGUUCAAAGAUGCACUAGGGACUACAGUGCAACAAAGCCAAAUCCUUCGCCUCACUAGCAAGACGAGGAAUGGUAUCAUUAAGCGCCUCAGGUCAGAGCUCUUUCCCUGGAAGGACAUAACAACCGACGUGUUCCAUCAACCCAUUUUGAGUGGAGGGAUGCCCAUACACAUGGUCCCAACAGCAACACGAAUUGGGCAUACUAUCCAGAUGCUUAACAGCGCUGGUAGCAUGAUACGAACGGUUGCAAGUCAAUUGCUUGAGAUCAUCAACCCGGCACUCGUAGAAAAUGAUGCAAACGAUCAAGAAGCUAUUCUUGCCUAUAUAAACAGAAGCAAUAUUGGAUGUCUUAAGAGGAGAGACAAGAAAGUGCAUAUACGAAGCUUGUGGUCAGACCUUCCGGGAAACAUAUCAGGUGGCAGCGAGAUGUGCGAAAUGGCAGAUCAAGGGAAAUCCGCGGACUACCAGACAGAAAGUAGCAAUACUGUCCUUAAGGGACCUACGCCCCUGAAGCCGGUAGAAGUGAAAUUCGCAAUAAGAGCACCAGCUUCACAGCUUCCCACCAGAGCUAACUCGAGACGAUCCAACUCUCAAAGGUUUCAAGCUGCCGCCACUGCACCGCUGAAACUGAAACACUUGCUCAUGCCCACACAGCCUUUGCUGCAAGAUAAAGACUAG